CGCUUUUCACUCUCCUGAAACGAAGAUUACGAAGCAAUAAAUAAUUUUGAAUAAUAUCUUAUUAUAUCGAACUGGUAAAAUGGAUCGCAACGUAGAUCGUAUAGAAGACGUGAUGGAUACGGUGGUGAAGGUAUGCAUGGCGUUCAUGGUGGUGUUGAUCACUGUUAUCAUAUUCUCUGCGGAGCCCAAGGAGAACAGUGGGAAUCAAGAACUGCUAAAAUCAGUGGAGAUGCUGUAUACGAAGUUCAGUGAACAUAUUCCAGUGGUGUUGGAGUACAAGGAGCGCUUCGAGGAGCUGCUGAUGGAGUCUUACUGGUAUCACGCGAUCAGCGAGGGACGCUUGAAGUACAUAGUGGAGUCCCGCCUCGUUACCCGUCAGCGCUUACUUUUCUGCCAGAACCAACUCCAAUCCCUGCAAAUGAAAUACGACAAGCUCCAAGAAGACUACCACAAACUGUCUCAGGAGAUGGAAGCUCUCAAGAACAUAACACGGUUGGAUUAAACAAUGGGACCUCAGCUCCAACUGGCUUGGAAACCAGAAAAUAUGAUUCCCUAGUAAUCUAAUAUUCUAAAUCUAAUCAUUCGAUAUAUUUGUGUGAAUUUUGAAUGUUUAAUAAUAACUUCAGAGGUGUUGUGGAUUUUUAAUGGGAAUAAUAAAGUGAAUAAGUUUUAGCCAAAUAAGACAUUAUAAAAGUUUAAAACCUGAUCUGAAUCCGCGGCAAUACUAAGCACAUAUCAUUCUUUAACGAUCCAAAUAAGUAACAUAAAGUCGAAAUAAAAAUCCAUAAUAUUUCUUAUUAUUAAAUUUAUAUUAGGAUAACUGUAUGUUCUUGUUUCCAUAACAAAUUAUAUAAUGGUCCCGCAAUAGCGAAUUCUUAUUGUAUCACUGUUAAUUCUAACAAUAUUUCUAUUUGUAUAUUAGGUUCUGCCAAAUUGAGUCUUAAUUUUUUUAUAUCUUAUAACUUCUUUAAUAUUUUAUAAGUUAAAUUUAUUGCGACUGAUAUCUUUAUAAGUAGGAUUAUUUUGAGAAGGUCUGGCAGGGUACAUUAUAUAAUGAUGGCGUAAAUGUAUGUGAUAAUGCUGAAAUUGGAGUGAUAUUUAGAAACUAAACAAGUUGUGCCAAAAUAAUGAGAAGCACUGUUUGAAAUUUUCAUUUUAUUAAUCUUCAUUCUGAGAUAUUAAAAUAUUUCAAAAAACAAUCGUAUUAAAUGUGCCGAUUUCCUUGAUAUCUACCAUUUUAUUGUCAAUACAUCUUAUAUGAUAAUACCUAAUUAUAAGAUUGUCAUUAAAGCGAAGUACUGUCUGCAACAGCAUUCUUAAUUGUCUAAGCGAGUAGUGUAAAUGUAAUAACAAUUUAUUAAAUAAAUUAUUGGAAA